AAAAGAUGAUUCAUCGUAAGAUCACCCCUUCUUAGGCUUAUUCCACGCAACUAUCCUAGCUCCUCAGCUUGGUUCAAAAGCCUGGAAAGUCCUUCAGCACAUAAUAUGAACAAAUAUGAAGAUAAAGGGUCACCUUGUCUUAGUCCUCUACUAGGUUGUACAACCCCAACAAUUUCACCAUUUAUAUAAAACUUGUAAGUAGGUAUUGUGAUACAUUGCAUAAUCUAGCUAACGAAAGUGUCAUGGAAAAUCAUUUUCAAAAGUUAAAGAUUGAACAUAUAUCCAUCCCACUCUAUCGUAAGCUUUUGUCAUGUCUAAUUUUAAGGCUAUAACGUUUAUCAUUCCACAAUAAAUUCUUGAAGUGUUUCCAAGAAGCUACUUCUACCUCCUAACUUGUCCGAGUUAUCCAUAAUAUCAUCCAAUAAUGAUCCAAGAGGACCCAAUUAGUAGAUUUUAAAGUUACUUGUGUUAUAGGUUCACAUGAUAAUACUUGCGACGAGUCUUUACUACUAUAUAGUAAGAUUAGUAGUACAUACCUGCUCUUUGUCUUCUUGUUCAGUAGUUUCCAUUUUUAGGAGCUGUAUGUACCCUUUUGUACAAAAAGUUUACAAAUACCACACACAGUCAUUUUCAUUCUAUUCUCGUCUCAUAACCCACUGCUUCUCAUUCACUUCUUUGCAAAUACUUCAUGGGAAAUUGAUUAAACUUGGUUUCAACAAGAAUACCUUUUUGGGUAAUUGUUCUCUUGAUUUGUAUAGCAAGUUUGGUACAAAAAUUGAUGCUUUUAAAGUCUUUGAUGAAAUACCAUACAAGAAUGUUGUGUCCUGGAAUAUAUGGUUGAAGGUGCUAGUUCAGUCAGGUGAUGUGCAUUCUGCACGACAAUUGUUUGAUGAAAUGCCUGACAGAGAUGUUGUGAGUUGGAAUUCCAUGAUUUCGGGGUAUGGGUUGUUUGAGAAUGCUUUUGGUGUUUUCUUGGAAAUGCAAAAGUAUGGUAUUACGCCUAGUGGAUAUACUUACUCGAUAUUGGUUUCGUAUGUAGAGUUUGCUUUCCAUGGCAAGGAGAUACAUGGAAAUAUGCUAAGGAAUGGUGUGGAUUUGUCUAAUGUAGUGGUUGGGAAUUCACUGAUUGAUAUGUAUGGAAAGCUUGGCUUAGUAGACUAUGCUACUGCUGUGUUUUUAGCCAUGGAGACAGUGGAUGUUAUUUCAUGGAACUCAUUGAUUUCGGGCUGUUGUAAAUCAGGGUAUGAAGAUACAGCUCUGUCUUAUUUUUCUUUGAUGAGAGCUUGCAGAUAUUCACCGGAUGAGUUCACAAUGUCAUCAGUGCUUAUUGGCUGUUCUAACUUGCGCAGUUUGGAGAAGGGUAAGCAAAUAUUAUGUCUUUGCAUAAAGAUGGGAUUUUUGUGCAACACGAUUGUUUCAAGUGCGGCAAUUGACUUGUUUUCUAACUGCAACAGUAUUGAGGAUUCAGCUCGUAUAUUCAAGUAUUCAAAUAUUUGGGAUAUAGCUCUGUGCAAUUCAAUGAUUUCGAGCUAUGCACUGAACAAUUUCGAAGAAAACGCCUUGCGGCUAUUUUUCCUAACUUUGAGGAAAAAUAUUAGACCUACUGAGUUUACACUCAGCUGCAUUCUUAGCUGUACUACAACCUUCCCUGUGGAUCUGGGGAUUCAAGCUCAUUCAUUGGUCAUCAAGUUAGGCUUUGUAUCAGAUCCUGUUGUUUCCACUUCUCUUGUAGAUAUGUACUGUAAAUAUGGAUUGAUUGAUUCUGCCACAAAUACUUUCAAUGACCUACUAACAAGAGAUUUAAUAUCGUGGAACACCAUAAUCUUUGGGCUGGCGAUCAAUGGUGAACCUACCAAAUCACUCAGCCUUUAUUAUGAACUACUUGAACUAGGUGGUCGACCAGAUCGAAUAACAUUGACUGCGCUUCUGUUAGCUUGCAGUUAUGGUGGAUUUUUCGAUGAAGGUAUAUCUAUUUUUUCUUCAAUGGAAGAGGAAUAUGGAAUUGCACCUGGCAUUGAGCACUACACUUGUGUUGUGGGCAUGAUGACCAGGGCUGGUAAACUUAAAGAAGCCGGUGAUAUAUUACAAAAUAUGCCUCAUGAGCCCAACAGUGAAAUGUGGGAAUCAAUACUUCUUGCUUGUGAUAUUUAUGGGGACUUAAAAGCAACUGAAAAGGUUGCAGGGAAGAUAAUGGAGUUAGCACCAGAAUCAUCUCUGCCGUAUUUGGUGCUAGCGCAAGUAUACGAGUCCAGGGGAAGAUGGGAGAGCCUUGUUCGGGUCAGGAAGGAGAUGAAAGAGAGAAUAGAAAACAAAGUAGCUAGUUACAGUUGGAUUAGUGUACGCAGCAGUGUAAUCAUGUUCCAAGCAAACCAAAUUCUUAGUUGUGGUAGUAAGGACAUCGGCAUUUAUUCAACGUUGAGGCUAUUGACAGAGGAUACAUGGGAUAAAAGUUUAUGCCAAUCAGUUGCAACUGGGAGUAAUAGCUGCUAACAGACGAGUUUAGUGCACAGAUAGAAAAGCAAAAUUUAAAAUUGAUUAUACAAUGGGCAAAGCCCAACUUUGUUUUUGCUAUUGAUGUGGAUUUUCUUUAAGUGACUUUCAAGGUCUGAAUUUGCUUAUUGCAUCAAAAGGGAUAAAAGCUUUUCCAAAGUUCAAAAUUUCCGCAUGCAUAUGAUGGAGAACCAGUAAGGGUAAAAGGAUACUCACCUUGUUACAGGAUGCAGAAUUGGAGCAAUUCCAUAGAACUCAGAAUGUUGCAUCUAACAAAAACCUAUAGUUUGUAUUUUGGCCUUUAGAGAGGCAUUAACUUUAUCAAUAUGAGAUAAUUCUUUCAGCUUGAGUAGUAGUUUUAUACACCUUAAUCAAGCCACAAACAUCUCUAGGGAACAAUGAUUGUCCAGUAGCAGAUAUCACUCAUAUUACAUCUCCAUGUCUUGGAUGCCUCAUCAUAGAGUUUGAAGGCUGAGAGAUGCUGAGUGAGACGGGAAGAUUAAAAGGUACAGAAAAUUCCCCGUUCUUGGUUCUCCAUCUAUGAAUCCUGAGAAAAGAGGUGAGCCUUUGUCAAAACUUCAUUGUGCAAUAUUUUUCAGUUUAUGUUAUCUUAUCUUUUUAAUGAACGAGAAUUAUUUAGAUAAGUUGAAUAAAAGAUAGUAUAGUAUAUAA